AUGGUGGAUGGAUGGAUAAUGGUGGAUGGAUGGCCAUCAGGGCUUCAGGGUGAGAAAGAAAUAAGGAUUGCGGUUCUCUACUGCGGAGCAGACUCCGCCAAGCGUUGCUUGUUCUACGACCAACAUGUCCACCCCGCCAACACUCUCUCUCGUAAGCAUUUUCGAUCUCAGAUCUGUGACAGCUGUGGCUCCGAACCCGACUCCGUUCGCUGCGCUACCAAUAACCUCCUCCUCUGCAACGACCACGACUGGGACGCCCACGGCAACUGCUCCGUCUCCGCCUCACACGAUCGCAACCCUAUCGAGGGUCUCUCAGGAUCUCCCUUUGCUCUCGAGCUCGCUUUAGUUUGGGGUGUUGAUUUGGAGGAUAAGAAACCUCAAUCGCAAUUGCAAUUGCAAUUGCCAUUGCCUGUGCAAUCGACUCAAAAUUGGAGUUUUCAUGAUUCAAGUGGAAUGAAUUUCGAUUCAUGGAUGUAUAAAUUUGCUGUGGGUGUUAUGUUGCUGCAAGAUUUGAUGGUUCCAAGUGGGAAUAAUGCAAUGAUGUAUUCGGAGAUAGGUUCAAAGAGGCAGAGUCCGAGCUGUGGGAAGCAAAAUCAAGUCUUGUUGAGGCAGUUGAUGGAGCUAUUUAAGAGGGAGGUAGUGGGAGUGGAUGAUAAUAAUGGCAACACCAGUAGCAGUAAUGGUGGUAGUGGUGAGAAUUUAGUUCCGAAUAUGCAGAAUAAGAGUGGUUGA